GCUCGCCCCGCCCGGAUAUCCGGCCUGGCCCCGCCCCGGAGCUAUGGCGCUGUGCGACGCGGUGGCCCGCGGCAGCCCUCCGCUGUGGCCUCGGGUGUUGCUCUUCGGAGACUCCAUCACCCAGUUUUCUUUCCAGCAGGGUGGAUGGGGAGCGUCACUGGCUGACAAGCUGGUCAGAAAAUGUGAUGUUCUGAAUCGUGGAUUUUCAGGUUAUAAUACCAGAUGGGCCAAAAUUAUCCUUCCAAGCUUAAUCAGGAAAGGGAACAGUUUGGACACCCCAGUAGCAGUUACAAUUUUCUUUGGUGCCAAUGACAGUGCACUAAAAGAUGAGAAUCCCAAGCAGCACAUCCCCCUGCAUGAGUACAGUGGGAACCUAAAGAGCAUGGUGCAGUACCUGAAGUCUGUGGGCGUCCCUGAGCACAGGAUCGUUCUCAUCACACCACCCCCCCUCUGUGAGGCAGCUUGGGAAAAGGAGUGCCUCACGCUAGGUUGCAAACUAAAUCGCCUGAACUCAGUUGUCGGUGAAUAUGCCAGUGCCUGUUUACAAGUAGCCCAAGACUGUGGGACUGAUGCCCUUGACCUGUGGACCCUCAUGCAGAAGAACAAGCAGAACGUUUCAUCCUACUUAGCAGAUGGACUACACUUAUCACCAAAGGGAAAUGAGUUUUUGUUCUGCCAUCUAUGGCCUUUGAUAGAGAAGAAAGUGUCUUCCCUGCCUUUGCUGCUCCCUUACUGGCGAGACAUACCAGAAGCAGAACCGGAACUGAGUCUUCUGGGAGAUGGGGAUCAUUAGUCAGAGAAAACCAAGUCUGGCUGUUAAUUUAUAAAAUGGGAAGUCGCCGGUCAACAGAGAUCCCAAGAUAAAUGAUCAAAGACUUUUUUUUCUUCUCAAGCUUAAGUCUUUGCUCAUGACCCUAGAACAAGAAACACUAGCAUUUUUUACCAACAUUAAUAAAAGCAUUAGAAUUUUUCAGGGAAGCUUUGUACCUGA